AUGCUUUGUACCUUGACAACGCGACUCGAACUCUGGGUCCGCCAAGAAGGCGUGAUCAUCACUUCUGGCCGACUCGGCCAACUGGCGAAAUGCUGUAUCCUCGGGUGUUUUGAGAAAAUGUACUCGAUCCUCAUCUCCGCUUUUCGCGGAACGCCUUUGUUUACCGAAGCCUGUACGGUCGCUCCUUUGGCCAGUCAGCGCUCUCUUCAGGACGGGAAGCAUUUUGGUGAAUCGGGGUACCAGAAGGUGGCGGUGGAGAGACCUAUAUUGUUUGGCGAAGUGCAUCCUGUCGGAAACCAGUCAUCUGACUUGUGUAAACAGCAACUAGUUUGGACGGAACAUACAUCGAUUGACGGCUAA